AUGGCCGAUCCUAAUACUGAAACCGCUGAAAUAACUGCUGAAGUUAAAGUUGAAGAGAAAAAAGUUGAAACUAUUACUGAAACCGUUGUAACUACCACAACUUCUGGAACUACUGAAAUAGUAGUAGCUGAAGAAAAAAAGGAGGUUGAAACAACUAAAAUAGUUGAAGAACCAGCAAAGGAAGAUGUUUCUAAAGAUAAUGAACCUGAGACCCCUGAACCUAUCUAUAAGGGAACCUUGUAUAAGCACCACCCAAAUAAAAUAAUUUUUGGUAAAAAUCAGCGAUAUUUUGAAUUAAGUGAAGAACCUAUUCCUAAGGAUAAUUUUUCGGUAUAUUGGAAGAAAAACAUAAAAGAUGUGCCUACAAAAGCUCCUCCAAAACCUUCAUCUGAGCCCACAAAACCAUCAUCUGAGCCCGAAAAACCAUCAACUGAAAAAACUGAUGUUCCUGCAUCUGACGUUCCUGCGUCUGACGUUCCCGCGUCUGAUGUUCCCGCAUCUGAUGUUCCCGCAUCUGACGUUCCCGCAUCUGACGUUCCCGCAUCUGAUGUUCCUGCAUCUGAUGUUCCCGCAUCUGAUGUUCCCGCAUCUGAUGUUCCCGAAUGCAAAGAUGAUAAAGAGGAACAAAAAGAUAAGGAAUCAAAUCAAUAUGAAGAACUCAACAAAAUACAUUUCUGCAAUAUUGCUCAUGCUAGUCAAACUGGAAAGGGUCUUUUAUUUUAUUAUAAGAAUGACAAAUCCCGUGAACCAUCGGGUAUUAUUAACUUAAAGGGUGCUACUGUUGAGAGCGAUAAUACAGGUACAAGCAAAUUCAAAAUAAUUACUAAAGAUAAAAAAGAACAUAUUUUGGAAGCUACCAGUGAAAAAGCGAAGAAGCGUUGGGUACAUACCAUUGGUAAAGAAAUUAACCAGGCUGAUGAGCAAGAUACUGAUGCCCUCUACGCUUCUGAUGAAUACAAAAAAAUUUAUGAUCAACUCGAUCCAAAACGCAGAUCUUUAUUCCCCAACUUUGUUCGAGCAAGGAAAACUCCUGAAACUCCUGCUACUCCUGAGACUACUAAUACUACUGAACCUACCACUGAGCCUGCUGCUACUGAUGAAUCUGAGUCAAAAAAUAUUACUGUCAAUACUGAUGGUGUUACCGGUAAUACUGCUGAUGUUUCACCUGAUGAUGGUCCUACCAAAUCUCCAAAGUCUUCAAAAAGUAGCUUUUUCGGUAUUCCUGCUUUAUUUUCAAAAAAAGAAAAGACCCCUGAGAUAAAGGAUGAAAGUGUAAAAGACAAAGAAAUACCUCAAGAAACUAAAGAUGUCGGAACUAGUGAUACUCCUGCUGCCGCUGAAGACACCAUCACUACUGAUGCCAAGGCUACCGAUGAAUCCAAAGAUGAAUCCAAAGAUGAAUGCAAAGGUGAAACCAAAGAUGAAAUCAAAGAAGAAACUAAAGAAGAAACUAAAGAAGAAACUAAAGAAGAAACUAAAGAAGAAAAGAAGAAGGGUAGUAUAUUAGACCCCGUUAUCAAUGCAAUUACUGCCCAAUUUAAAUCGAUUAAAGAUGAAAAAUCUGUUGAAAAAACCACCACAUCCGAGGCAGAAGCUGCUGAUAAACCUGAAGCUAUCGAAUCUGCUCCAGAAGAACAAAAAACUGGUGCUGAACCAAGUAAAGAUGAGGAAACCCCUGAAAAACCCAAAGAGGAACCUACCAAAAAGAUUACAAAUUUGGAUUCGGAAAAUGUGCAUGAUGAAUUCGAACUUGUUCAUACUGAAGUAACGGAAAAAUAUCCUGGCGCUAAACAAGGAAGAUUAAAUAAAGAAUCUCACAGUUUCUUCAAGCGUCCUGAAGAACGAUACGUUGCGUUCCAUGGUGGUAUAUUAUACUACUUUAAAGAUAGUAAAUCAUCACCAAAACAAAUUAAAAUAGAAAAGAAUUGCCAG